AUUACGACCCAUGUUUCUUGAAUUUCAGAUACGGGCACAAAGAAGAUGCUGACUUUUGCCCUUUGAAAUCUCUUCCGUAUGCGUCAUUUCCGGAGCUCCAAUUCGUAUUUGUUUGAUUCGGUUUGAGGAAUCAAGAGAAUUGCUUUAAGACAUUGCUUGUGUCUUUCAAGAACAACGAUAUCGGAGCUUUGAUCAUGUGUUAAAAGAUUCGUUUAAAUCGACAAACAUAUUAUUAUUGGGAUUUCAAUGGCGCCAGGUGGCAGUGCUUGUAAAGAUGUUAUCGAGUCUCACCCAAAAUCUUUGAAGUAUGAUGUGGCAACAACAAAAACCGAUAAAAGUCAUACACGGUUGCAAUCCGGAAAACAUGGCAUGCAAUCAACAAAUGGCGUUCAUGAGCUUCUAGAAUGCCCUGUUUGCACUACUUUAAUGUAUCCACCAAUUCAUCAGUGUCCAAAUGGCCACACGUUAUGCACAGAUUGCAAACUUCGAGUGCACAAUUGUUGUCCCACAUGUCGUCUUGAAAUGGGAAAUAUAAGGUGUUUGGCAUUGGAAAAAGUAGCCGAAUCUUUGGAACUUCCAUGUAGAUACCAAGAUCUCGGAUGCCAUGACAUCUUUCCUUAUUACAGCAAGCUAAAACACGAGCAAAAUUGUCAGUUUCGCCCCUACAAUUGUCCUUAUGCGGGGUCCGAGUGUUCAAUCAAUGGGGACAUCCCGUUUCUUGUCACACAUUUGAAGGAUGAUCAUAAUGUAGAUAUGCAUGAUGGAUGCACUUUUAACCAUCGAUAUGUUAAAUCUAAUCCACAUGAAGUUGAAAACGCCACAUGGAUGCUGACGGUAUUCAACUGCUAUGGAAGACAGUUCUGUUUGCAUUUCGAGGCAUUUCAGCUCGGAAUGGCACCCGUUUACAUAUCGUUUUUACGGUUCAUGGGUGAGGAUGAUGAAGCCAAGAAGUUUAGUUAUUCGUUAGAAGUGGGAGGGUAUGGUCGUAAAUGCACAUGGCAAGGGGUCCCACGAAGCAUCCGCGAUAGUCACAGAAAAGUUCGUGAUAGUCAAGACGGGCUAGUACUUCCAAGAAACUUGGCCCUGUUUUUCUCCGGUGGAGAUCGACAAGAACUCAAACUAAGAGUUAGCGGGCGUAUAUGGAAAGAGCAGUGAGUCAAGAAGCAUGGGUCGGGUCGGGUCAGGAUUGUAUAGUUGGUUGGCCUCGUGAUCUAGCUCGACAGUCGACGCAUAAAUGUUGGUGGUCUGGUACUUUAGUAUUGUUAUAUGGUGAACUUUCUGAUUGUUGUGUUGUUGGAAUGAUUGUUAUGAAUUAUUUGACAGUUAAAAUAUAUGUAUGUGUUGCCUGAGUCUUAACUUUUAUAUGUUAAUUCAUGGUUAUAUUUAUUAAAGA